AUGCGAUCAGGUGCGGUUGUUGUGGCCCUUGCCACGGGGAUGUUGCCCGCCGGUGUGCUAGGGGCUGCCGUCAACCUCGAUGUCUGCUCCGUCGAGUCUGUGCUCCGGUACUUCACCUGCGGCAAACCGGUUUCCGAGGCCUGCUUCGACAACCUGGCCGAGCAGGCGUCCGCUUGGUGCGCAAGCUACUUGUCCAUCGCGCCCGUCACCGUGUACCAGUCCACGGUGACCCCGGUGUCGACGGAGUUGGUAACCGAGACCGCAACCGUCAUCACUACGGCGGUUGAAGUCGAUAUCACGUCAGUCGAAGUGCAGCAGACUACCACUGUCACUGACACGGCCGUGGCCACCGUGACGGAGACAAUAACGGAAAGCGGAUCGGUCAUCGGCACCGUCGUGCGGCGCCGUACACUUACUUUCAGCUCCACAGGCUCGCCCGCGAGCGGUGGAACGAGUACGACCCUUCCGGACACUACUGGUUCCCUCCCUGUCGUGACUGGUCCGCCUGCGGUGAGCGCUACGGCCAGCGCUACGGCCAGUGCCACUGCGAACGCAGCGCCCAGCUGCAUCGACCUAGCCACGAGGCAUCUACUCCGCCAUCCGGCCUCGCGGCUCUCCCGGGCUUGCAGCUGCCUGAGCCCGGAGCCGUCAACCGUCACGCUUGACGCCACCACUGCUGCCGUAUCGACUGUGACUUCCACAGAAACCAGCAUCCUUGUCGUCGUUGAGUCCGAAACGACCGUCUCAACCGAUCUGGCCACUUCUGUGGUUACCCAGGAUGUCACUGUCACACAGACCGCCACGGCGACGGCCACCGUCUCCCCCCCUGGCCCCUGCGACUUCAGGUACAGCACCACCGUCGACCUGUCCCAGCUGCAAAGCCGGCUGCAAGGUGUGCCCGGCAUUGCGACAUCCAAGGCUUGCUGUCAGCUGUGCUACACCAUCAUGGACUGCGCCGCCGCCAUCUCGCCGGCGGACGGCGAGUGCAGCCUGCUCAUCGUCCCUGCAUCGGUUUCCGAUGUCCCCCAACCCGGACAGUGCCAGUACGGGGAGAUGGCGUUGAAUGGCGUUGCCCCGGCCGCGGACGGCGAGUUGUUCCUGGGCCCCUGCUGGGCGUCUUGA